CUUGGGGGAGAUCCGUGGUCACGUGGGCCUGUUUCUCGAUCUUGCCGUUCGGUUCCUUGCUUCAGUAUGGCUAGUAUGGCUUUUGUAUCUGCAAGAUUUGCCAAUUGUUUGGCAAGGCAAGUGUCCCGUGGAGCAUUACGCUACCCUACACAAUGCACAGGUGUGAGUUCUUACUUGAUUCGGCGUCUUUCCACCUCGAACCGGUUCUCUGCCGGGGGACCCGGUGCGGCUGAGGUGUCUUCCAUCUUAGAGGAACGCUUAUUGGGCCAAGCCACAACAGCAAACCUGGAAGAAACUGGACGGGUGCUUUCUAUCGGUGAUGGUAUUGCUCGUGUCUACGGCCUCAAAAACAUCCAAGCGGAAGAGAUGGUCGAGUUCUCGAGCGGACUAAAAGGCAUGGCCCUGAAUCUGGAACCCGACAAUGUCGGUAUCGUCGUCUUCGGUAACGACAAACUCAUUAAGGAAGGUGAUAUCGUCAAGAGAACAGGAGCUAUCGUCGACGUCCCUGUCGGACACGAACUUCUCGGUCGCGUUGUCGACGCCCUGGGAACUCCCAUCGACGGCAAAGGACCUCUCGCUUGCAAGAAGCGCCAACGUGUCGGCAUCAAGGCUCCGGGCAUCAUUCCCCGAACCUCGGUCAAGGAACCUAUGCUUACGGGAAUCAAGGCUGUGGACAGCUUAGUCCCCAUUGGACGAGGACAACGUGAAUUGAUCAUCGGCGACCGUCAGACAGGUAAAACUGCCAUCGCAAUCGACGCCAUCAUCAACCAGAAAAGGUUCAACGAGGGCAAGGAUGACAAGAAGAAGCUGUUCUGCAUCUACGUUGCUAUUGGACAGAAGAGGAGUACAGUGGCUCAGAUUCUAAAGCGGCUGACAGCUGCGGACGCCAUGAAGUACACGGUCAUCGUCAGUGCUACUGCUUCGGACGCCGCUCCGUUGCAGUAUCUUGCCCCCUACGCUGGCUGUGCCAUGGGAGAGUUCUUCCGCGACAAUGGCAUGCACGCCCUCAUCAUCUACGACGAUCUGUCAAAACAGGCCGUGGCCUACCGUCAGAUGUCCCUGCUUUUGAGACGACCUCCGGGACGUGAGGCGUACCCCGGGGAUGUCUUCUACCUCCACUCUCGUCUUCUGGAACGUGCCGCCAAGAUGAACGACAACUUUGGUGGCGGAUCUCUCACCGCCUUGCCGGUCAUCGAGACGCAAGCCGGAGACGUGUCCGCGUACAUUCCGACGAACGUGAUCUCCAUCACGGACGGACAGAUAUUCUUGGAGACUGAACUCUUCUACAAGGGCAUCCGCCCCGCCAUCAACGUGGGACUGUCGGUCAGCAGGGUCGGAUCUGCGGCUCAGACACGCGCCAUGAAGCAGGUUGCCGGAUCCAUGAAGCUGGAGUUGGCGCAGUACAGAGAGGUGGCCGCGUUUGCCCAGUUUGGGUCGGACUUGGAUCCCGCAACUCAGCAGUUGCUCAACAGGGGUGUGAGACUGACGGAGCUGCUGAAACAGGGGCAGUACGUCCCCAUGGCAAUCGAAGAUCAGGUCUCCGUCAUCUACACAGGGGUGCGAGGAUACCUGGACAAGAUGGAUCCUGCUCUUAUUGGAAAGUUCGAAAAGGAGUUCUUGCAGCACAUCCGGUCGACGCAGACCCAGCUCUUGGCAACGAUCGCGCACGAAGGGAAGAUCAGCGAUGAGACGGAUGCAAAGUUGAAGACAGUCGUCACGGAGUUCAUGAAGACAUUUACGCAGGAAUAAAGUUGCACCGCGUGCAAAGGGACCACAGAAGCAUUCCGAAAAAAAAUAUUGUGUCUGUGUCUAGGGACCAAAGUGCGGCUGUACUAAGUUUUAAAAACGUUUUGGAUAAAGAAGUUGACACAAAAUGGG